GACAAGGCAGGAAGUCAGGGCAAGGUCUCUCUGAAUCAGUUCUCUGCCUGCAGAGCUGACACUGAUUCUAAUGAACCACCACUGCCAAGGAUAAUGCCAAUGCCUGCGUAACCUUCCCAUAUACUGUGAACAGGGGCACAUCUGUAUGCUUAUUACUAAAGAUUGAGUGAUACACCAUGAACCGGCCAAUGCGCAGAUGCUUUCUGUACUCAUUGUCCAUCUGUCUCAUCACAGUCGCCCGCUUAACCAGUUCAUCACCUGCUUCCAAUCCAGAGACCAGCACCCAGCAUGAGGUCGCCCACCCUGAGACUCGGCUGUCAGUCUUCACACUUGACUACCUGCAUGUACAGGUGCCAUUUGAGAUCACUCUAUGGAUUCUGCUGGCUUCCCUGGCAAAAAUUGGCUUCCAUCUCUACCACAAGCUGCAUACCAUAGUACCAGAGAGCUGCCUACUUAUCCUGGUUGGACUUCUCCUUGGUGGAAUAAUGUUUGCUAUCAAUGAAAAGUCUCCUCCUGCAAUGAAAACUGAUGUCUUUUUCCUGUAUCUUCUACCUCCAAUUGUGCUAGAUGCAGGUUACUUCCUCCCCACACGCCCUUUCUUUGACAACAUAGGCACAAUAUUCUUGUAUGCCUUGGUCGGUACUCUGUGGAAUGCCUUUGGGAUCGGUAUAUCUUUGUUUGGGAUUUGUCAGAUCGAAGCAUUCGGAUUAUUAAACAUCAGUUUGUUGCAAUGCCUAUUGUUCGGCAGCUUAAUUUCAGCUGUGGACCCAGUGGCCGUUCUUGCCGUUUUUGAAAAUAUCCACGUAAAUGAACAGCUGUACAUUUUAGUAUUUGGGGAAUCCUUGCUGAAUGAUGCUGUCACAGUGGUGCUGUAUAAUUUAUUCAAAUCAUUCUGUGAGAUGAAAACAAUUGGAACGACUGACAUCCUAUCUGGAGUGGCUAAUUUUUUUGUGGUGGGAAUAGGAGGAGUUUUGAUUGGCAUUGUACUUGGAUUUGUGGCUGCCUUUACUACCCGAUUCACUCGCAAUAUCCGGGUGAUUGAGCCGCUUUUCGUCUUCCUGUAUAGCUACUUGUCGUACCUAACUGCAGAAAUGUUCCAUCUCUCAGGAAUUAUGGCGAUCACAACUUGCGCUAUGUCCAUGAACAAAUAUGUUGAGGAGAACGUGUCUCAGAAGUCUUACACAACAAUUAAAUAUUUCAUGAAGAUGUUAAGCAGCGUCAGCGAAACCUUGAUUUUUAUCUUCAUGGGCGUUUCUACUGUUGGAAGAAAUCAUGAAUGGAACUGGGCCUUUGUUUGCUUUACUUUGCUUUUCUGUUUGAUUUGGCGAGCAACAGGUGUAUUUAUUUUGACUCUGAUAAUCAACCAGUUCCGUACAAUACAACUAACGCCGAAAGAUCAGUUCAUCAUUGCAUACGGUGGACUACGCGGGGCAAUCUGCUUUUCCUUAGUGUUUCUACUUCCUGAUACGCCUCUGUUUCCAAGGAAGAAACUGUUCAUUACAUCAGUCAUAGUGGUGAUCUUUUUUACAGUUUUUAUUCAGGGAAUUUCAAUACGUCCUCUGGUGGAAUUUUUGAAUGUUAAAAGAGCAAAUAUAAAGCAGCAAAUUAUCAGUGAAGAAAUCCAUAACCGGUUCUUGGACCAUGUAAAAGCUGGCGUUGAAGACAUAUGUGGUCACUGGGGACACAACUACAUCAGAGACAAGUAUAAAUAUAUUGAUCAAAAAUUCUUGAGAAAGUUGUUGGUGAAAGAAAACGUGCCCAAGUCAAGUAUUGUUUCCCUAUAUAAGAAGCUGGAAAUAAAGCAAGCUAUUGAGAUGGCUGAAACCGGCCUCAGCAGAGAUCCAUCUCUAUCCUCCUUGGGAACAUAUGAAAAAAAUAGAGUGAAGCCUCUUUCAUCAACCGAAGUCAAUGAGAUGCGAGAUGUGUUAUCCAAGAACCUUUACCAAAUACGACAACGGACACUUUCCUACAACAGACACAACCUUGCAAGUGGGACCAAUGAAAAACAAGCCAAAGAAAUACUGAUUCGUCGGAGGCACACCAUGAGAGACAGUAUAAAGAAGCAUAAUAGUCUUGUCACCAGGAACAGAGCGGCUACUGCCCACCAUGCUCGGUAUUUGUCACUUCCUGGGCAUACAAAGCUGUCUGAGGAACCACCAAGAAAGAAUAUAUCUUCUUUUAGAGUGGGUGGUGACGACUCAGAUGGCGGUAACUCCAGCCAAGAGUUAAAUUUCUACCCUAGGGCAGCUGACAUCUUGCGGAACGAGAGGCAACGACGCACUCCGCUCAACAGCAAGUUUGAAUGGACAGAUGAGCGACAGAAUGGUAAAGCUCAGGACUCUAAAUCAGUCAGUGACACUCCAUUACAAGGAAGAGUUCGGGAGCCACUGUUACCUAAACCAAGGUUUGGCACUUUAAGAGAGGACAGGGGGCAAACUGAAGAAACUGUGGCACCAGUUGCUCCACCAAGAGUUAGACGAACAUCUGAACAUGACAGUCAAAAACAUAGAUAUAGAGAGAAUAGACCUCACCAUCGAUCACCAAAGUAGAGAAACCAACCAUAGUUUUGAAUAGCUUUAAAAAUGAAACAAUUGAAGCCACUCUAUUAAAUUCAUCUGGGCUGCAGGAUACCAUGUAUUUUACAACUUUUCUAGCUCCUUUUACUGUAGAUGUCUUCCCUACAGAUUGUUUAACUUAUUGUCGUGUUCAGAAAUGUUUGAUAAAGUACUUACACCAGUGCCAUGUUCAAGCAAUUCUUACCAGGUAAAAUUGUAAGAAAUCAGGAUCUUGAGGUCUGGAGGCAAUUCAAUUGAGAGAUGUGUUUAUAUUAAAUUGGUACAUUGCACUGAUUUUCUGCAGGUGGGAAAGUUGAAAUGAUUUCAAGUUGUGAACAUUUCAUAAUGUUAUGGCAUAUUGCUAAGGUACUACAUAUCAUUAUGAUUAAUGGGAGUAAAACCUAUGGGACACCCACCAAUCCUGGCCACUGUGGCCCCUUCAGGUUUUUCCUUGAACUGUUGUGCUCAUGUUCACCCACUUUGCAGGGAGACACAACUCCAUUCAAUGAAAUGGAGCCAUAUUGCUGCUUCUGGCCCAGGGAAUGGAUGGUGGCCCCACUGUACAGGAAAACCAUGAAGGGGUCCUGGCAGUCAGGCCCUCACUAAUUUGGAAGUCAUGUUAAACUCUAGAAUGUGUCGGCAGAUAAGAACCAUUUGGCCCAUCUAGUCUGCCCAAUAUACUAUCACAUCUGAUGGUGGGAAAACCUCUUUAAAAGAACUCCCUGGGAUGUAUCUGUCAGCAAGGUGUUGACUAGUUCCAAUGAUAACCAGACACUCCCAGGCCUGGUUUAAAAUAAAUUAAAUUAGUAAUUCCAAUUAAAAAAAUGACUGUUGGGUACAUGGAUGCAUAAAUUCAACACAUCUAAUGCAGUUCUGUCUUCUCAGUGAAAACUUAUAUUGAUCAUUUCCCAGACAGGUCAUUAAUUACUGCAAAGGUAAUUUCAGGAUCACAUUUCUAAGUGCUGUGACUCAGUUCCUAAAGAGAUGUGCACCGAAAUAUACGUGACGGUUCUGUGAGUGAAUUGCCUAAUACAAUGGGGGAGAUUUAUCAAAACUGGUGUAACGGAAAACUGACUUAGUUGCCUAUAGCAACCAAUCAGAGUAAUCCUUUCAUUUUCUAAAGGAGCUCUGAAAAAUGAAAGGCGAAAGCUGAUUGGUUGCUAUGAGCAACUAAGCCAUUUUUCCGUUACACCAGUGUUGAUAAAUCUCAUUGACUGUGUAUUCUGCAGCUAUUCCCAUAGAAUUCCAGUUUGCUUCCUGUGGACUCAUGCACCUUCUGCUUUCCCAUUAAGAGAUUUUUAAUGAAUUGCUGCAGAAAGAUAAUUCAUUAAUAUUUUAAUAUAUACCUUGAUUUUAGAAAGUUAUUUAUUACAUUAGAACAGGUUUAAUAAAGCAAUGCUGAAAUGCAGCGCAAUUGUUUU